UUCUUCGUUUCUUCCUGGUAUGCUUGCUAUUAACAACGACGUUCAUUUUCCCUUUUCCUCUGCAACUAAUGGCUGAUUCUAUUACGGCACGACCCAGUCUCAUCCACUCCUUCCUCUUGAAGGGAACUCAAUUGGGUUCCGAAGAUGGAAGCUCGGAACUUGGUUUCUUCACUCGCUGAUUUCAACGAGCUGAAGCAGCGAAAUCUGGAAAGAGAACAAUUUUUCUGACUUCAAAAGCGCCAAGUCAACCUGUAUACUUCUGGCGGGCUGCCCCUUGAACAUGUGCCUCAUCAGGAUCAGGGGUAUACUUAUUUAUUCUAGUGUAGACCAAUUCAUUACAUCCAUGGCUAUCCUUCCUUAUUGGCUUGUUCUUCCCAAUCUGCUUUUGUUCUUCUCCAGAUUUUCUUUUGCAACUGAUACCCUCACCCAGUUCGAGUCUCUUCCUGACGGCCAGACCUUGGUUUCUGAAAAUGAAAUCUUCGAAUUGGGUUUCUUCAGCCCUGGAAGUUCCACCGACCGCUAUGUUGGAAUCUGGUACCACGAGAUCCCAGGUACAACUGUUGUCUGGGUUGCCAACCGUGGCAGACCCAUCAAAAACAACUCUGGCAUGUUGAGCAUAAACACAGAGGGACGUCUUGUGCUGCUCGGCCAGAAUGAGACAGUUGUUUGGUCAGCAAAUUCCACCACAAAGGCCUGGAGUCCAAUUUUGCAGCUUUUAGGCUCUGGAAACUUGGUUCUAAGAGAUGGGAAAGAUCAAAAGCCCCAAACCUACUUGUGGCAAAGCUUCGACUAUCCUUCUGAUACAAUCUUGCCAGGAAUGAAGUUUGGAUGGGACCUGAGAACUGGUCUUAAUCGACGUUUUACAGCAUGGAAGAAUUGGGAUGACCCUUCUUUUGGAGACUUUACAGCAGAGCUUGUACUACACAACUAUCCUGAUUUAGUAAACCGGCAGGGCCCAACAGAGUAUAUGAGGAGUGGCCCCUGGAAUGGUGUCCGGUUCAGUGGCAUCUCCUAUGCGACAAGCAAUCCGCUUUAUGAAGCAACGUUUGUCUGGAACAAAGAUGAGGUUUAUUCAAUGCAUACUCUCAAAAAUAAGUCAUUGAUCACAAGAUUUGUCUACAACCAAACAUUAUACUCACUACUGGACGUAAUAUGGAGUGAAGAUGAUCAGAGGUGGAUUACAUUUAGUUUUGCGCCAAUUGAUAAUUGCGACAGAUAUAAUCGUUGCGGCCCAAAUGGAAACUGCGUCCUGGGUGAGACACCAAUAUGCCAGUGCUUGACAGGAUUCUUGCCAAAAUCACCCAAAAAUUGGAAUGCAAUGGACUGGUCUCAAGGAUGCAUCCGCAAUGAAUCAUGGAGUUGCAAGGAAAAAAACAGGGAUUAUUUUGUCAAAUUUAGUGGGCUCAAAUUCCCAGAUACUACAUAUUCUUGGGUUAAUGCAAGUAUGACGCUUGAGGAAUGCAAAGCCAAAUGCUGGGAAAAUUGUUCUUGUAAUGCUUAUGCUAAUUUAGAUAUCAGGGGAGGAGGUAGCGGUUGUGCUAUGUGGUUCGGUGAUUUAAUUGAUAUAAGGCAGAUUCCCUUUGAUGACCAAAAUUUGUAUAUUCGCCUUGCUUCUCCAGAAACAGCUGAACAGGAUGAGGCUAAUGGAAAUAAGACAAAGGUGAUUGCUGUAACAGUGCCCACUAUAUUGGCUGUGGUGAUGCUUUUCACUUUGUUAUACAUUUACAAGCGCAGAAGAAACUCUAAAGCAGCAACCAAGGAAGAAGGCUCUGACAGAAACAUGGAGCUAAAAAACUUGCUAGCAGUAGACAAAGAAGAAGGCCGUGAAGGAAAUAUGGAGCAACGUAUCUAUGACCUUGCAUUAAUAGCUAAUGCUACCAAUAACUUCUCAUCGGACAACAAGCUUGGCCAAGGUGGUUUUGGUCCUGUAUACAGGGGUAUACUUGCGGACGGACAAGAAAUUGCAGUGAAACGGCUUUCACGAAGUUCUUGCCAAGGGCUGUGUGAGUUUAAGAACGAAGUUAAAUUGUGUGCCAAACUCCAGCACCGUAAUCUUGUCAAGGUUCUUGGUUGUUGCAUUCAAGGAGAGGAGAUAAUGCUCAUAUAUGAAUACAUGCCCAACAAGAGCUUAGAUUCAUUUAUUUUUGGUUCUGAAACUAAGCUUCUUGAUUGGUCCAAGCGCUUUCACAUUGUCCGUGGAAUUGCUCGAGGCCUUAUGUAUCUUCAUCAAGAUUCUAGACUAAGAAUCAUCCAUAGAGACCUUAAAGCAAGUAAUAUAUUAUUAGAUAGUGAAUUAAAUCCAAAAAUCUCAGAUUUCGGUCUAGCAAGAAUAUUUGGAGGGGAUCAAAUUGAAGAUAACACCAAACAAAUUGUUGGUACAUAUGGUUAUAUGGCUCCUGAAUAUGCAAUUCAUGGACUCUUCUCAAUCAAAUCUGAUGUAUUCAGCUUCGGGGUGUUAUUGUUAGAAAUAGUGAGUGGCAUGAAAAACAGGGGGCCCUUCUUACCAAGUCAAAGCGUUAAUCUUAUUGGACAUGCAUGGAGGUUGUGGAAUGAGGGAAUCCCACUAAAAUUCGCUGAUGGACGUUUGGGGAAGUCUUGUGUUGAAUCAGAAGUCGUGCGAUGCAUCCACAUCGGUCUUCUUUGUUUGCAGUACCAUGCUGAUGAUAGGCCAGACAUGCCAUCUGUAGUUAUAAUGUUGAGUAGUGAGGGUGUCUUGCCUAAGCCUAAAGAACCUGGUUUCCUUUUAGAAAACAUUGCAGUUAAGGGAGAAUCUUCUAACAAUCAUACCACUCCGUCAAGUAAUGAAACAUCUAUCACCUUGUUAGAAGCCAGGUAGACUCAAUUUUUACUUCUUGAUUUUGGAGCACUAAUGAGUAUACUCUUAAGGAUAGGACUAGCUAUUUGCCUAAAUGCAAGAGGAUGUUCAUUCUAAGCGACUCUCUUGAUUCGAUAUUGUGCUUGUAGUUUAAAUAAAAGCAAUUUUCUCUUUCAUUGUGUUUUCCCCUUGUUAAGAAACAAAUUGGCCCUGACAAAU